AUGUCCAGGUCACCUGGGCGCGCCUUCGAAGGUUCUCAACUGCAGGAGGAGGAGGAAGAGGAGGAAGAUGAUGAACCCCAGAUUCCUGAGGAACCAGAGGAUGACCUCUUCAUGAUAGAAGGUCGACCUGCACAUUUCUAUUUCUAUCAGGGGCGUUAUGGUGGACUUUCAGAGGGACAAAUACAUGCAUUGCGGCCGAAGAUUCGAGCUCACGGUGGACACAUAUGCUCCAACGAAGAGGAUGCUGAUACAAUUAUUGCCAAUUCCGAAGCCAUCGAGAUUCUGGAGCACAAGUAUUUUGACUCCAAAACCAUCUACGUGGAAUCGCCAAAGUUCGUACAAUUAUGCAUCAGAACACGGAGAUAUCAGGAAAAUCACAAACGCCCGGUGCGUAAGGGUAUGCCGGGUCAUCCCGCAGGCCAUCAGCGAACAGCAUUCACAGCUGGGGAUGACGAAAACCUCUGCAAGUACAUUGCCGCUGUCAUACCGAACAAAGAAGAAGGUGGCCGUACCGGUCUUGAGAUUUACAAGCGCUUAGUCCAGUGGGCAGAGAAGCCUGGGCGGGAGUGGGUACUGCGUCAUACGCCGAUGUCGUGGCUGGAACGGUAUAAGAAAAACUGGCAGCGACUCGAUCCGAUAAUCGAACAGUAUGUGGAGGAGAAUCCUCCCCGCGCAGACGGGAAGGGGCUGUAUGAAAGAAGCAGGUUUUACGGGAAGUCACAAGGGGGAGUUCGUGUGGACUGGUCGGAUGACGAUGAUUCGCUAGAAAGACGACAGCAGCCAUACGACGACGAAGCAGCAGAAGAUGAGGACGACUUCGACGGCCGGAAGCGUAGACGGGUGGACGAAGAGUAUGACGAUUCCUGGCAAGCCGGAGAACGUGCGAAACAUGCAAGGCAUACUGACAUUCUCCCCGCAAGAGUAGCUCCGGGACCCGCAGUUGGCCCGCGCGCUCAGUCUUUCCCCACUCGGUUGAAACGAAGGUCAAGCCUAAGCGACUACCUAGAUAUUGAAUUUGAGGUGGAGCCUGGCCAAGAAGGGUCGGAGGCAUCACAAGUCGAAGCUGGUCGAGGCGGCAACUCUGGCCGUAGGCAGGUCAGGGCGUUCAACAAGCGGGACCUCACAGAGGAUGAAUCAGGAAGUUCUAGUUAUGAAGUGAAUAACAUCCUAUCAUCCGAACGCGUUGAUCCAGGACCAUCAGGUACGCAACACACGCCCUUGCCUAGUCCUUCUCCCCAACUACUGGCAAAACCUACGUCAAUCCGUUCAAGAUCUCAAUAUACUGCGGCACAACUUCGACCUCAUCCCGUUUCUGCCAUCGCCAAAGCACCGCAACUGACGAUGAGCUCUCAGGCCACAUUGGUUGGCCCUGCUCCGACCCUCCAAAACGAACGAGCUUCAACGCACGAUCUUGAUGACAUGUACGAUGGGCCAACGCAGGUUGAAGCAAAAAUAAAUGAACAGCAUGUUCACGCGCGGCAUCCUCCACAGCCAUCUCAGCGACAACCACGGUCCGCUGUUACCCUUGGAAGCCGUGCAAACUUCCCAGCUGCGGCUCCUCAAAGAGGUCCAUUAUUCGCAAAGCCAGCGAACCGACGGAGGAUCAAUGUUGUGGAGCCUCCCCCUGGUGUUGUAGUUAGUCGAGCUGCACUGGCCCCUGUUGCUGGACCACCUCAGACUUUUCCUGUUACUCCCAAAACUCAGGCUGAGUCCACUUCUGGAUCGGCUGUCCCGACCAGCCGUGUUGCCACUGUGGGAACGACAUAUCCGUUGACGCCUUUGAGAGCUGGUGAUGUGCGACGGCACCCGACGAAUGCCUCGGCCACCGAUAGCGACACGGUCCCUGUUCCUGGCACGCGUGCGAGCGAGGAGAAGGACAGGAGGAGGAGGACGUUGGAGGCACAGAAGCAAACACCUUAUACGCCCGCUCCUGGUACUAGGGCUGCUGCAACACUCAGUCAGCUUUCACAGGCAUCACAGCGGGGAGACUGA